AUGGCUAGCAAGUCAAUAUCCACAAGUAAUCGGUCGAUCAAAAGCCAGGACCACUCUGCCAUUGUUGCUGGAGUGGCUGAUGGAGCGGCUUCUGCUGGUAAUUCUGCGGGUAUAAUGACCAAUGAGGCAGAUGCUGCCUUAGGAGAGGAUCAACCGCUAUUAAGCAACAGUGCCCAGUCACAGAGGAAGCCAUCUAGAAGAGCGAUCGGGGCAAACGGACAGUCUGGUGCUAGUGAGGAUGUCGAGUCGGAGACCCAAUUUCAGGGCAGGCUCUAUAAGAUCCACCGAAAAUAUCAACUUUUUGUGCAUAACUCCAAGUGGAUUCUGAAUAUUUUAAUCAUAAUCAACAGUGUAUGGUUAGUUACUACUUUAAUCUGCGAUUACUUCUUUGAUGUAAAUAUUUUCUGGGGAAACAAUCGAUACGGGAGCUUCAGUGAUAUUACUUUGAUAUUUAUUUCUAUUAUAGCAAACAGUUUCAACCUGUGGUUUAAUAAGCUGGGGCUAUACUCGUCUUUGGAUUAUAUUUUGAAUAUCAUACUUUGCCUAUUGACUCUUUUUAAUCUGGAACUUCUUUAUAUCAUUUCUUACAGCCGUCAUAGAAUUGGCUUUAUAGGGACUUUCACAUACCUUUGGGCAGCUACUUCGUUUUUUAUUGGCGUAGUUUUGGAUUGGUAUUUGCAAUUUUACAAUAAGGAAGUUUACGUACCCUUUAAUGAUUCGACAGACGGCGAAGCCGGAGAAUCUGGAGAUAAUAGAAAUCGUGAUCGUAUAUCGAAUGGUACGUCUAAUUCUGGAAAACACACAUUGAAAGAAUGGGUUUAUAUUGGUCUACGGAAUACUGUAAAGGCAUUGUUAUUGAUAUUUUAUAUCCUGUUCACGAUGAACAACAUACUUUCAGCAUGGGAUAUUCAUCGCGUAACAGGGGGUAUAGUGGAUCUGAAGACCGAAACUGCUUCUUAUGAUGCUUUCCAUUGGGUAGACGAUUCACACUCUUACAAAUUACAUAUCAAGUGUUAUGGGGAUGUCUUCAAUUCUGAGGACUCGUAUGAUGGCGGCAAAAAACAGCAAGCAAUAUUGUUGUACGAACACGGCGGCUUUGAUACUGGAUACUUAUCGGCUACUUGGAUUCAAGAACUGUUUCAUUUGAAUAGGGUUCAAAGAUACUGUACUUAUGAGAGACCAGGUUACGGCCUCAGUGAUUCGGCACCUGCUCCAAUAUCUAUAGCCAUGGUGGCAGAUUCCUUAAAGCAUGCAUUGCUGAAUGAGGCUAAAAUCAAAGGACCUUUUGUAACUGUAGGUUAUGAUGUUGGAGGAUUGUUUACACAAGUAUUUACAGCGAAAAAUGUUGACAUCGUGGAAGGUAUGAUGCUUGUCGAGUCAUGGCAUGAAGACCUAUUAUUGAAAAAGUACCUUCAGAGGAUUUUACCUCCAGAUCAUGGAGGUGAUGGGGAUGGUGAUAACCAGCCAGACAGAGAUCCUGAUGACAUCAGCUGGUUACCUCCCGAGAUUAGAAGGUACAACGAGUUUAGAAUAUGGUGGGAUGGAAUUUGGUCUACACUAGGAAUCAAAUUGCAAACUUCUUGGCUCUUGGCUCAUCAUGGCUCUAAUGAGCGUAUUUAUGGACGUGAUAUGCAGUAUCAAGGAAGAUUUUUGCGUGCAAAAUUUUUGGAAAGUGUGACAAGCUCAUUAUUAAGCUACAAUGAUGUUUUGAACUAUAAAGACAAACUAAAAAAUGUAAAAGUUAGCGUUGUGAGCGCGAAAGAAAUGAUUAGAAAGUCACCGCAGUGGGGAAACUGGCAAAGAGAACUGUCGAAAAUUUCAGGGAAAGUUCAAGAAUGGAAAAUAGUUGACGGAGGUCAUGAAUUUUACAAAUUUAAUCUUGGUAAGCAGCAGACUCAAGAUGUAUUACUAAGAUUGAUCGAUGAGAAAGAUCGUUAUUGA